AUGAGUCAAAAUAAUAGAAAAGCAAAGGGAAGAGGUAGAGGAGGACAACCAGGUUCGAGCGAUAAUUCUAGCAACAAUACUCCAAAUGGUAGUCGGCCACAAUAUAUGACUGUUGGGUCUGGAAGUGCACCGGAAAGUGCUGCAAGACUACAAGCUCUCCUCGACAACGACUCAGGGUAUGGAGGCAGUGUUGCUGGUGACAGCUCAAACGGCUUGCCAUCAUGGAAUCCUACACUGACAGAGGAUAGACCUACUCCUCCAAUGUCUUCCCUUCCCAGAGGACAAUCGAACGAGAUUUCAGAGAACGAGAGACGAUCGCAGGCAAAUGCAAUACAUCAACUAUGGUACAAUCAACAUCGUGUCACUCUUGGCAGAUCAAUCAAUCGUGUGGUGGAAACUUUGAAGUCAUUACAAGAAAUGAACGCACAAUGGCCAGCGAUUUAUCCCUCAGUUCAGCGCGAUGAAGCUCAACACCAACGACAGGACCCACGGCCAGGCUUGGUACAUACACAAACUGGUAUCGGGUCCUCAAUACCUGAGCCUCGUCCCGGGCAAGUGCGACGUGCUAUGACAUCUAUUGGUGAGGGUAGCAGCAAUGCAGAGUCAAGUCAAGCGGCGGAAUCAAGAACCACUCCGGAACCUCGGCUCGUAACCCCACAGAUCGCACAAGAGUUUUCUAUCUUGAAGCUGGACUUAAAGCUGGGAGCUUUACAUCAAACCGAGUUGGUACAUUCGUUGGAAAAGGCUUCGAUCGCAUCUCUGCUUGAUGGAAAAAUUAGUUCAAGCAUCAACCAUUUACUUUCACUACGAGAACGUAUCGAGGAUUCUUCGAGCAAGGUACUGGUAACCGGAGAUUUGAAUACUGGAAAAUCGACAUUCUGCAAUGCACUUCUCCGGAGAAAGAUUUUACCAGAGGAUCAACAACCUUGUACGAGCAUAUUUUGUGAGGUUUUGGAUGCGAGAGAAAAUGGAGGAGUUGAGGAAGUGCAUGCGGUUCACAAGGAAACCACCUAUGAUCGGCAUGAUGAAAGCACCUAUGACGUUUACACGAUUCAGGACCUGGAACAACUCGUUCUUGAUAACGAUACCUACACACAAUGCAAGGUCUACGUGAAGGACGUACGCACGAUCGAUGAGUCAUUACUGAACAAUGGAGUGGUGGAUAUUGCAAUCAUUGAUGCGCCUGGCCUCAACCUGGAUACUACGAAGACGACUGCGGUUUUUGCUCGACAGGAAGAAAUUGAUGUUGUUGUCUUCGUUGUCUCGGCUGCCAAUCACUUCACCCAGACCGCGCGAGAAUUUAUCUGGGCUGCGGCAGCGGAGAAGGCAUAUAUUUUUAUGGUUGUCAAUGGAUAUGAUAAUAUCCGGGACAAAGAACGAUGCCAGAAAAUGAUAUUGGAGCAAAUUCAAGGUUUAAGUCCUAGAACCUUCAAGGAAUCCUCUGAACUUGUCCACUUUGUAUCAAGUAAUGCUAUUCCCACAGCUGCACUUGGUCCUCCUGGUCCACCGGGCGGAAGUGGUGGUGGUGGAAGCGGUAGCUCUAGUGGGGGUGGAGGUGAUGGACCAGAUUUCGACGACGGUUCGGAUUCGAAAGGAAAGGGUAAAGGCAAGGAUAAGGAGAAGAUUAGAGAUUUUGAGAUACUUGAACAGUCGUUACGUCGAUUCGUUCUAGAAAAGCGGGCUAGAUCCAAGUUGGCUCCAGCCAAGACUUACUUGCUUAAUGUUCUAGGUGAUAUUCACAGUCUCGCCACUGUCAACUCAGAGGUUGCACAAUCUGAGCUAGAUCGUGUCACAAAAGAACUGGCGGAUCUAGAGCCCAUGCUCGAGGCCUCUCAAAAAGCGAAGGCUGAAGUGAGCGAUGAUAUUGAUAGAACUAUCGAAGCGACAUGCAAAAAUAUCUACGACUACACUCGCUCCACGCUCAACGAUACAAUAGCAAGGACAGCCGAUGGUGAUCUUGGAAUCCCGUAUCCAGGGCUGUUCGGUGCUUUUCAAUAUGCCGAUGACAUUAAGGAGGCUAUUAUGUCGGAGAUCUCCGCUACUGUUUCCGCAUGUGAAGAACAUGCGCGUCGUAAGACAGUUGAUGGUGUAACGCAAAUCAAGCAACUAGGUAUCUUACAUCUCGGUGAUGAAUAUACAGACUUGAGCUUCAGAAGCGACAUUAUGUUCAAACGCAAGCGUGAUAUUCUUGCCAAGCAUCUUGACAUUGAGACUGAAUUGUGGGAUUUCUUCGAUUUCUCAACUCUUUUCCAGAGACAGGAAAAGAUGGCUGGGACUGGUAUGGCGAUGACUAUCGCCACGGUUCUCGGCAGUCGUGCAAUUGGUGGUGUCGGAUGGGUUGAUGGUGCUAUGUCUGCAGCAAAGAUUAUGGGUAACAAUAACUUGCGCAGAUUGGUAGUGCCAGGAAUCAUCGCAGGAGCUAUUGCCGCAGCCUACUACGUCUUAAACCAAAUCCCUCAGUCGCUUCCACAUCGUCUGUCCUCCAAGAUUUCCGCUCAACUUGCCGCUAUCGACUACGUACAUUCUAACAGUGAUCGUAUCUCUUCAUCAGUACGUAAGGUCCUUCGAUUCCCUGCUGAUAAUCUCCGUGUUGGUCUUCAACGUUCGGUUGAACAACUCGGAACCAAACGUGAAGAGACCAGAAAGAUCAGAGGCGAAAGUGAAGUUGCCAGAAAGUACUUUGGAAACUUGGUCAACAAAAGUUCGGAGAUUAGAAAUAAUGUUGAGGGUGUGGAUUUGGAGGGACCAGCCCCAGGAGUUGCCGCUGCAUAUGAUGCUUAG